AUGGCAUGCUUAUAUAUCCUGCUUAAUUCAUUAAGACACUGCAAGUCAACAGACAUAUUGACCAAAGAUGGUAAGAUCUCCUUACAACAAACUCUCAUCUCUACCAAUCAAGUUUUCGAGCUCGGAUUCUUCAAUCCCGGUAACUCGACUACGCGAUAUCUUGGUAUUUGGUACAAAGACGUUCCGGCACGGAGAGUUAUAUGGGUGGCAAACAGAGAAAACCCGCUCUCGGUUUCCGACACUGGUUCUAGCCUAACGAUUGGUGACGAUGGGAACUUGAGGAUCGAAGAUGGGGAGAGUAAUGUUAUCUGGUCGACAAAUGUAAGAGUCCAGUUCAAUGAAACAAUUGCAAAGCUUACAGACACGGGAGAUUUUGCGCUUAAUGAUACCGUCUCGGGAUCGAUAUUGUGGGAGAGUUUUGAUAAUCCGAGUAACAGUUUAUUACCGGGAAUGAGGCUUGGAGCGAGAGGGGAAACACAAGGGAAACAUGUAUUGACAUCAUGGAAAAGUGACGAUGAUCCAACCGUUGGAGAUUUCGUAGCGGGGCUUUCGGAAGAGCAGCCGCCACAAGCUUUUAUCUGGCGCGGUUCGAAGCCGUACUGGAGAAGUGGGCCGUGGGAUGGUGGGAAAUUUAUAGGUAUACCGGAGCAGGAGUCGGGGUACUCAAGUCAUAUAAGUCUCAUGCCUGAGAACCCGCAAGGAGGAGCGUAUCUCGCGAUCAAUAAGUAUAACUCGUAUGACAUCCACUGGCUUUAUUUACGACCCGAUGGUGUGUUGCAUUUGAAUUAUUGGGAUGAUGAUCUUAACACGUGGGAUUUUACGUGGAGAGCACCGGAGAAUCGUUGUGAUGUUUAUGGAGUUUGUGGUGCUUUUGCGAUUUGUACGAGCAAGUUUCCGACUUGUGACUGUUUGAGAGGGUUUGUGCCACAGUCGAAUGAUGAAUGGAGCAAAAGCAAUUGGACACGAGGUUGUGUGAGGCGAAGUGAACUUUUGUGUGAGAAGAAUGCAAGCAGUUUAGCUUCGGGAAAGACUAAACCGGAUACGUUCAAGAUGUUAAGAGGGAUCAAGCUCCCAGAUCAUCAUCAGUAUUUUCCAUACACCGAUACCGAUGAAUGCAAGCGCUUAUGCCUGGGCAACUGCUCUUGUAAGGCAUACGCGUAUGUGGAAGGCAUUCUAUGUAUGAUUUGGACAAAAGACCUCAUGGAUAUCGAGCAGUUUUCAGAUGGCGGGGAGGAUCUUUACUUGCGUCUUUCUUAUGUGGAAUCAGGAGAAGAAACAAAAGGAGCAAAACUUCUCAUCAGUUUCACAACCAUAGGUGGUGUACUCCUCUUAGGUGGCUUCAUGUUUCUUGCGUACAAGUGGACAACAUAUAAGAAAGGAAGGAAAACCAAGUUAAAUCUCUUGAGAUCGGAGAACGCAAUUGUUCCGAGGGAGACACUACAAGAAGAGGUUCUUAGAAAGGAGUCUAUAGAAUUGCCAAUAUAUGAGUUCAAGCAAAUAAUAGCUUCCACUGACAACUUCAGCUACAGAAACAAACUUGGUGAAGGAGGGUUUGGUGCAGUUUAUAAGGGAACGCUAGAUCAUGGACAGCAAAUAGCAGUGAAAAGGCUGUCAGGGGACUCUGGGCAAGGAAUUGAAGAGUUUAAGAAUGAAAUCAUGUUGAUUUCCAAGCUCCAACAUAGGAAUCUUGUUAAGCUUUUAGGUUGUUGCAUUGAAGGGGAAGAGAGAUUAUUGGUUUAUGAGUACAUGACCAACAAAAGUUUGGACACUUUUCUCUUUGAUCCAAAGAAACGAAAGCAACUUGAUUGGGAAACUCGUUUCAACAUUAUUCAGGGCAUUGGUCGUGGGCUUAUUUAUCUCCAUCGAGAUUCUUGUUUAAGGAUUAUACACAGAGAUUUGAAGUGUAGCAAUAUUCUACUAGAUGAGAAAAUGAAUCCCAAGAUAUCAGACUUUGGAUUGGCACGGACUUUUCAAAUGACACAAGAGUUGGCGAAUACUCGCCGGAUUGUUGGAACAUAUGGCUAUAUGUCUCCUGAAUAUGCCAUGAGAGGAGUAAUCUCAGAGAAAUCAGAUGUAUUUAGUUACGGAGUAAUGCUGUUAGAGAUUAUCAGUGGCAAAAGAAAUACGGAAUUUCUACAUCAUGAACAUCCUCUUGGACACGCAUGGAAGUCAUGGAAGGAACGCAGAGGAAUAGAAUUGAUGGAUCAAGCAUUGGUUGAGUCUCCAUUUCUAUCACAGGGUUUGAGGUGCAUACACAUGGGACUUCUUUGUGUUCAGGAUCUGGCUAAGGACAGGCCAACGAUGGCAGAAGCAGUUUCUAUGCUAUGCAGUGAUGCUGAUCUUCCAGAGCCAAAAGAACCAUUAUUUAUUUUACAGAGGGGAACCAGCAUUGGACAUGACUUCAAAAACAUGUGGUCUGUAAAUGCAAUCACUACAUCCGUGACCGAAGGGCGAUAACGGGUAGGUUAAAUUGUAAUCAUAACAUUUGGCAAUUGUAUCUUUGAGUAAUUAGCAUACAAUAAAGACAACAUUUAUUGACAUUUUAUUCAUAACACUCUUACCU